CUGCUGAUCAGGGCUCAGAUGUUUCUAUAAAUCCAAUCUGACAUCCUUCGCAGGCGUCUAUCCAAUAGUCUGCUCUACCAAACCCUCGGUACCAUCAUGUUGGGGUCUUUGCUAACCGUCGCGACCGCCUUGCUGAGCGUAGCGCAAGCUGUCCCAUACUCCAGUAAACUGCACAAGAAAACAGCAUUGAUUCUGGUCGAUAUCCAGAACGAUUUCGUCAACGGUUCCCUGGGAUCUCCUCGCUCAUCGGCUAUUCUGCCCAAAGUUUACACUUUGCUCGAUGACCAUGAGUGGCCCUACAUUGCUGCAUCUCAAGACUGGCAUCCGAAGGACCAUGUCUCUUUCGCAUCUGCACAUCCUGGGGAAGCGUCAGGCGAUGCUGUCAACAUCACCUUCCUCGACACCCCCACCAAGAUUGAAACCCAAAGCUUGUACGCAGAUCACUGCGUACCAGGGACCUGGGGCGCCGAGAUUGAAGACGGCGUCAAGACACGACUGCAGUAUCUAGAGGGGUACCGAACACCCAUAAACUACAUCAAGAAAGCACAAGAUCACUCAGUAGAUUCUUACUCGGCGUUUGCAGACAAUCAGUAUCAUCGCUUCACUAUACUGAACUCCGAGUUGACCCUUCAUGGCAUCGAGACGAUUAUAGUCACGGGACUCAUCACGAAUGCCUGCGUGAGAGGUACGUCAAUUGACGGGAUCAAGCUGGGAUAUGAGGUUAUUCUCAUCGAGGAUGCGACCGAGAGUUUCUCGGCUGAAGUCAAAGCAGCUGCAAUUGCGGAGCUUAAAGGAUGGGGUGUUCAAGUGAUGAACUUGUCCGAUUGGGCUACUGCUAAUCCUACUGGGCUGAAGAGGCGUUCGAUGAGGGAGCUUUGAGGCAUGUUUAGAGGGAUACUAGCGAAACAAGACUACCUCAUUCGGUUACCAGUGCUUAUAUUGAAAGUGCCCUCUCGUCAAUUGUUCCAUUUAACGAUUACACAACGAUACGGU